CUCACGAAAUUUUAGAUCACAAGACACAAAUUCCAGGCUCCAGCCAAUCAAAAUGGUGCAUUUUCUUUACAGAGGGUGGCUUUAGAUUGUAAUGUAUACAAACAAAAAACCUACAGUGACGUGUAUAAAGACCUGUCACAUGUCACCACCGUGUGUGCUAUCAUGAGCCUCACCAGCUCUGCUCACUUCUGGAACCAUUUUCGUCUUUUUGUCACAGCACUUCCUGGCCAUAAUCACACACAAGUGUGAUUAUCACACGUUACCUACAGAUGCCUGCUGGGACAGACGGAGGUUAGGGAAUUUAUAAAGCAGUGUAUGCUGGCAGUGGGCACUAAAGCUAGUCAUGCCAGCAGCCUUGCAGAUGUUCUGGUGGAGGGAGACUUGCGCGGCCAUUACAGCCACGGACUCAACCGCAUGGAUUUAUAUGUAAAGGAGACUCGAGCAGGAAUCUGUGCAAAGGAGGGUGAGCCGGUGGUGGAAAAGGAGUCAGUGGCUACAGCACUUGUAAACGGAAAGAACCUCCUGGGUCCAGUUGUGGGAAACUACUGCAUGAGUUUAGCUCUGAAGAAAGCACGAGACGUGGGCAUCGGCUGGGUUGUGGCUUACGCCUCCAACCAUUAUGGAAUUGCCGGCUAUUAUUCCAAGCAAGCACUGAAACAGAACAUGAUUGGCAUGUGCUACACUAACACCUCUCCUCUAGUGGUUCCUACACGAGGUAAAGAGUGCACACUGGGGACAAACCCUAUUAGUGUAGCAGCUCCUGCUAAGGAUGGAGACAGCUUUGAGCUGGACAUGGCAACCUCAGCUGUUGCUCUUGGAAAGGUGGAGCUUCAUGCACGUAAUGGCCACUCUAUCCCAGAGGGUUGGGGUUGUGAUGCCAAUGGUCUUCCCAGUUCUGACCCUAAGGCAGUGCUGUCCGGAGGAGGCCUGGUACCUGUGGGUGGCAGUGAGACGACAGGAGGUUAUAAGGGUUAUGGACUUGGGCUAAUGGUGGAGGUGUUCUGCGGGAUUCUUUCUGGCUCGAACUACAGCAAAUAUAUACGCACAUGGAGAAUGACUGACAGAAAAGCAAACCUGGGUCAGUGCUUUGUGGCAUUAAACCCAGAAUUCUUUGCUGAUGGAUUCAAUGACAGAAUGUCUGAUCUGCUGUCUCUACACAGGAACAUUGAGCCAGCAGAGACACAGAGACCAGUACUGGUCCCAGGAGACCCGGAGAGGAAACAUAACCGGACCUGCCGUGAGCUGGAUGGCAUCCUGUACUCAUUGAGUGUGGUCAAGCACAUGAACGAAGUUGCCAGCACUUUGGGAGUGUCUCUUCUGCUGCCAACCCACAGACUCAUCCAGUAACAUGGCAGCUCAGGUGACACUAGUGUGCUUUUCUGGAGCUACAUUUCUUGAAUGAAGCAUUAAAUGAUUAUCAAGUCAAGACAUCGACUUUUAAGAGAAACAGAAUUUCAGUAAUAAAUAAAUAAAAAAAAUACUCCUGAAGUAGAUUAAUGAUUUGUUUUGGCAUUUUUGUAAAUUUCAGUGUCUAGUCAUAGCUUUUGACAGUGUGAACUAUAGCAAAUGAACGUGACAUGUCGUGACAUGUAGAAAAACAUUCAUGAAGAAUAAAGCGUAGUGUUUUCUUUUCAGUUUAAAUACAGUUGGACCGCCUUAAUUAUAUCCUUCCAACAGGUGGGUCAAACAAAUAAUCCCCUCCCCCUAUUUAUUUUAUUAUUAUUUUUAAGAUAUAGUGUUAGGGCAUUUUUCUUUUCUCUGAAAAAACAUGGAUACCUCCACGUUUGUUUUUUGUUAGCAACAAGCUAGCCGACUAGCUGUGAUGAGCAAUAUAUAUUUACCUUAGCAAAAUUUCUACGUUGAUUCAUCUAAAAUACAAUUGAAAUAAGUGAAUUCAUAAGCUUACAUUCAGUGUAGAAUCAACAAAAUGUUAAUAACUGAAAAAGAAUAAUAUAAAAGGGAUAUAAAAAAUGCAUGUUUUUUAAAUUCUGCCCUGAAUAAACUACUUCACAUACCAAAUGUUUGCAUGUAGUCCAGAAGAUGGAAUAAUAACUGAAUUUACACAAAUUAACCAGUGUAAAAGUUUACACACGCUUGAUUAUUAAUCCUGUGUGUUGUCCCCUAGAUGAUGAGUGUUUAUAUGUUUUGUGAGAGUUUUUUUCUGUAAGAGUCCCUUAUUUGUCCUAAGCAGUUAACCUGCACCCAAAUCUUCAGAAAAAUCCUCCAGGUCCAAACACAACUAUAACAAAAAGUGUAAGCGUGCAAGAAGGCAACACGAUACAUUAAAAGCCUGGCUUUGUGAUAAGUUUUAAUUCUUAUUGUGCUAUUUUUUGGGAUACUUCUAAAUAUCUCAUGUAGCUUCUGAAAGGCAGUACUAAAGGAGAAAAUAAGAUCUUUAAACAAAAUACUUGUGUAUAGAGUAUAACUCAUUUAAGUGUUGCUUUUUCAUGCUGGGGUCAUGUUGAUUUGAGGCCAUUUGCUGAAACACAGGGUUAAGGAGACUGUCCCCAGUUUCUGUACAUAAAUCUAUGGUUAAUCCUCACUCAGCACUACCUUGGGUAGGGAAUCAUUGCAUAUUAUAAAUAUCACACGCAAUGAUUUUUCCACGCCGACACUUGGAGAAACUCUUAAUCUCUACUUCACUAAAUACUUAAAAUUGAAUGUAAUCAUUCAUAACUACAAAAAAAAAAAUCUUUCAAAACAGAGUGACAGGUAGCCGUUGAUCUAAACAACUCAGUUUAUUUCUUUUUUCUACAGUUUUGUAUAGCAAGUGGAAUUUUUCAGAUAGAAUUCUCUCAGAUCAAUAAUUCUUCUUCUUAUGUGAUCACAUAUUUUUCUCAUCUAAGUCACAUGGUUUACACAAGAUCAAUGGUCACAAGCGAUCAUCUCAAUCUCUGUUAAAACGUACUAAUGGAACUACACCAACCUUUAGAAUAUAAGCUUUAAAUGGACUACAAGGUGGAGUUGUGAAAGAUUCCACUACAUGGAGCUCCAACCUUGUUAGGUAUUAAAGGAACAU